AUGAAGCUGUCUCUCGUCACGUCCGGGCUCGUCGCCCUGUUCGCCUCCCAGGUCGCUGCGACGGCGCUGACCUACAAGCUGGUCGCCAACGAGAAGGCCUGCUUCUACACCAAGACCCAGCACAAGGGCGAGAAGAUUGCCUUUUACUUUGCUGUCCAAUCCGGAGGUUCUUUCGAUGUCGACUACGAGGUCACCGGCCCCAGCGGCAAGGUCAUCGUCGAGGGCGAGAAGGAGCGCCAGGCCGACUACGUCUUCACGGCCAACGACGUCGGCGACUACAAGUUCUGCUUCAACAACGAGAUGAGCACGUACACGGACAAAUACGUCGACUUCGAGAUCGCGGUCGAGAACGAGGCCCGCGUCAACCUGCCUUCCAAGCAGGGCUCUUCCCCCGAACAGACCUCCGUCCUCGAGGAGGCUGCCUUCAAGCUCUCCGGCCAGCUCUCUGUCAUCUCGAGGAACCAAAAGUACUUCCGCACUCGCGAGAACCGCAACUUCAGCACGGUCAGGAGCACAGAGAAGCGCAUCAUCAACUUCAGUCUGAUCCAGUGCGGCCUGAUCAUUGCCAUGGGCGCUCUGCAGGUCUUCAUUGUCAGAUUCUUCUUCCAGGGCGCAAGGAAAGGCUACGUGUAA